GUCUAAACAGGGAAGAAAGAUUACAGUUUAGUUUCUCUAAGCAGAUAUCAGGCCAGCGGCUCCGACAGCCCUUCCUGAGGGGUUUCUGUAGGCUGACCGUCGAUUGUAGCUCUUUUUCAGGAUGGCAGUGGAGUCAAUAUCGCCCGACUGGGAGUUUGAUCGCUUCGAUGACGGAUCCCAGAAAAUUCACUCAGAAGUGCAACUGAAAAACUAUCACAAGUUCCUAGAGGACUACACGUCUCAGCUAAAAGCUAUAGAGGAAGCGCUAGACGACUCUGUUGGAGAUGUUUGGGAUUUCACUUUAGAUCCAAUAGGAUUGAAGCUCCUUCCAUAUGAACAGUCCUCCCUUUUGGAGCUAAUUAAAACAGAAAAUAAGGUCCUUAAUAAAGUCAUCACAGUCUAUGCGGCUUUGUGCAGUGAAGUGAAGAAGCUAAAAUAUGAGGCUGAAACAAAGUUCUACAAUGGUUUACUGUACUAUGGUGAAGGAGUUUCAGACACCAGUGUGGUGGAGGGAGAGUGUCAGGUCCAAAUGGGACGCUUCAUCUCGUUUUUACAGGAACUGUCUUGCUUUGUGUCUCGGUGCUUUGAGGUUGUGGUUAACCUGGUUCACCAGCUGGCUGCACUGUACAACAGCAACAAAGCUGCCACAAAAAUUAUUGAGUCAAGUGGAGUACAUUUUCAGACUGUGUAUGAACAUCUUGGUGAACUGUUGGUGGUACUGAUCACUUUGGAUGAGAUCAUGGAAAAUCAUGGCACUUUAAAAGAUCACUGGAAAAUGUACAAAAGAUUACUAAAAUCCGUUCAUCACAAUCCGUCUAAGUUUGCUAUUCCUGACGAGAAGCUGAAGCCUUUCGAGAAGCUUUUAUUGAAGCUGGAGGGCCAGCUUCUGGACAGCAUGAUCUUUCAGGCUUGUGUGGACCAGAGAUUUGAUAACCCUGCAGAAGGUGUUUCAGUCUCUAAAAACACUGCCUUUGCUGAGGAGUUUGCUCACAACAUUCGCACCAUCUUUGCCAAUGUGGAGUCAAAACUUGGUGAGCCUGCUGAGAUUGACCAGAGGGAUAAAUAUGCAGGAGUCUGUGGCCUCUUUGCAUUGCAUUUCCAUAUUUUUCGUACAGUCGACAAGAAGCUCUACAAAGCUCUUUUGGAUGUGUGUAAAAAGGUCCCUGCAGUUACUCUGACUGCCAACAUAGUUUGGUUUCCUGAUAUGUUUUUGGUUAACAAAAUCCCAGCAGCAGCCAAACUAAUGGAUAAGAAAAAUCUCCAGGCCAUCCGUAUCAGCAGAGACACAUUCUUACAACAAAAGGCACAGGCACUAACAAAGGAUGUGCAGUCCUACUAUGUUUUUGUAACCUCCUGGAUGAUGAAGAUGGAGGCCAUCUUAUCUAAAGACCAUAAAACUGAGAAACUUUCAGAAGACCUGAGCAACAGGUGCAAUGUAUUCGUGCAGGGAAUCCUAUAUGCAUACAGCAUCAGUACCAUCAUAAAAACCACAAUGAACCUCUACAUGUCCAUGCAACGACCCAUGACCAAGACAUCUGUCAAGGCCCUGUGUCGUCUAGUAGAGCUGCUGAAAGCAGUGGAGCACACAUUUCACCGGCGAUCCCUUGUGGUGGCAGACUCUGUGUCCCAUAUCACUCAGCAGCUACAGUCUCAAGCUCUGGCUUCUAUUUCUACAGCUAAGAAAAGAGUGAUCUCUGAUAAGAAGUACAGUGAGCAAAGGCUGGAUGUGUUGUCAGCCCUGGUUCUGGCUGAAAACACCCUGAAUGGCCCAAGCACCAAGGAGAGAAGGCUGGUGGUGUUUCUAGCACUUAGUGUGGGCACGCAGAUGAAAACAUUCAAGGAUGAAGAGCUUCUGCCCUUACAACUUGUCCUAAAGAAACUGGAUCUCAUCAGUGAAUUGAGAGAAAGGGUCAAAGUGCAGUGUGAUUGCAGCUUUCUGUACUGGCACCGUGCUGUGUUUCCCAUUUACCUGGAUGAUGUUUAUGAUAAUGCGGUGGAUGCAGCAAGAAUACAUUAUAUGUUUAAUGCUCUCCGAGACUGUGUGCCCACCAUGCAGUACGCCAAACACAUGGAGUCCUGUGAGCAGCUACUGGAAUGCUAUGACAAAGAGAUUAUGGAGGUUUUUAAUGAGCAUUUGUUGAAUAAACUGUGUAAGGAGAUUGAGAAAGACCUCCGGCUUUCUGUGCACACACACCUCAAGCUGGAUGACCGUAACCCUUUCAAAGUAGGCAUGAAAGACCUGGCUCACUUCUUUUCCCUCAAGCCUAUCCGCUUCUUCAAUCGCUUCAUAGAUAUCAAAGCCUACGUCACACACUACCUGGACAAAACAUUUUACAACCUGACAACAGUGGCACUUCAUGACUGGGCCACAUACAGUGAGAUGAGGAACCUGGCCACACAGCGCUACGGACUGGUCAUGACUGAGGCUCACCUCCCCAGCCAGACUCUGGAACAGGGGCUAGAUGUACUGGAGAUUAUGAGGAACAUCCAUGUUUUUGUCUCACGGUAUCUCUACAAUCUGAAUAACCAGAUCUUCAUUGAGAAGACUAGCAACAACAAGCACUUGAACACUAUCAAUAUUCGGCACAUUGCUAACUCCAUACGUACCCAUGGGACUGGCAUCAUGAACACAACGGUGAACUUUACUUAUCAGUUUCUCCGAAAGAAGUUCUACAUUUUCAGUCAGUUCAUGUACGAUGAGCACAUCAAGUCCAGGCUUAUCAAAGACAUCCGGUUCUUCAGAGAAACUAAAGACCAAUCAGAUCAAAAGUACCCUUUUGAGAGGGCAGAAAAGUUCAACCGUGGUAUUAGGAAACUGGGAAUCACUCCAGAUGGCCAGAGCUACCUGGACCAGUUCAGGCAACUCAUCAGCCAGAUUGGUAAUGCAAUGGGGUAUGUUCGGAUGAUCCGCUCUGGUGGGCUUCACUGCUGCAGCAGCGCUAUCAGAUUUGUUCCCGAUCUUGAGGAUAUUGUAAACUUUGAGGAGUUGGUGAAGGAGGAGGGACUGUCUGAAGAGACUCAGAAAGCAGCCAGCGUUCUAGAUUGUGUACUCGGUGACCUGACCAGUAACUCGGCUGAGGGAACUGAGUAUUUCAAAAUGCUCGUGGGAGUUUUUGCCCCAGAGUUCCGGAGCAUGAAGAAUAUGCACUUGAGGAACUUCUACAUGAUCGUUCCACCUUUGACGGUAAACUUUGUAGAACAUUCCAUCAGCUGCAAGGAGAAGCUGAACAAAAAGAACAAAAGUGGUGCAGCAUUCACAGAUGAUGGCUUUGCCAUGGGUGUUGCCUACAUCUUGAAGCUGCUGGACCAAUAUCAGGAGUUCGAUUCGUUGCAUUGGUUCCAGGCUGUUCGAGAGAAAUACAUGAAGGAAAUGAACGCAGUGGUAAAAGAACAGAACGUUCAGGCCACCAACCAAGAUGAGAAACUCAUGCAGACCAUGAACUUGACUCAGAAGAGAUUAGACGUCUACCUGCAGGAGUUCGAACUACUCUACUUCAGUCUGAGCAGUGCACGGAUAUUCUUCAGGGCCGAUAAGACUGCAGCAGAGGAAACUCAGGAGAAGAAAGAUCGGGAGGACGCUGUUAAAGCUGAUGCUGUUUCACCUGAAGCUGCUGCCACCCCUGUGCCAGGUGCCAAGUGAAAAUGAAAGAAACUGCUCAAGCCUUUAAGGUCAUAUUCAAGAGUGGAAACAAACCUGCUUAACCAGAAAGUGUAUCGAGUGCCAUGUUUUGGAUUGCAACUCAGCAUAGCAUGGCAAGAUCAAAGAUAAAUGGACUCAGGUCGCUGACCAUGAACUGGAAACAUAUAGUGGAAUAUUUCUUCCUUUUAAUGCACUUAGGACUGGAACUGACUGUGAUCUGCUUCUAGAAAUUCAUGCACAUCACCAUUAUUUUGUCAGAUUUUGUUAGAUGACUGUCAUAUAAGCAAGUUUGGCAGCUCUGAUUAGUUGAUGAAUUACUUUUUGGUUUGUUUUAAGAAAUAUUUUAAUAUUACAACUAUUUUGAAAUACUAAAGCAAAGUCUAAAUUUUUAAGUAUAAACCAUCUUUGACAUUUUUGCUAAUUACUCAGCUAAAUUGAUUAAAAAUGUCUUUCUGGAGUUUUCUUGAUUAAGUAUAAAGUGGAGGUGCUUAUAUAACAGGUUCUCCAUUAAAGUAGGACUUUUAACCUACUUCAAUGUAGAUCUGUUGCUAGAUUUACAACAGUGAAAUUUUCCAGUGAGUUCUGAGUACAUUAUAAUGUACUUAAGAGAAGAAUAGUAGAUUCCUUUUCUAGCUACGUGAUGAUUUUCAUAACUAGGUGUAUCAGCUGUUUUGGUACAAUGUGCUAAUGCUAAAGUGUUGUGUCGAACUGUGUGAAAAGGAAGAUUUUACAAAAGGACAAAAUAUGCUUUCUUAAAAAGAAAUAGGCCAUUCCCACUUGACAGUGUUUAUUUGUAGAAUGCCAACUGCAAAUCUGGAUGAAUGUUAUAUAUUUUGGGCUUCAUGCCGAAGGUGAACACUGCUUCCACUUAUUCCUGGAUGAAAACUGGAGGAUGUGUAAAGCCGGGUGGUGUUGAACAGGCCACGAUGUAAGACUAGGACAUAUUCAAUGACUGCACGAUAGGAACCUUGUGAGAUUAUAUGGAACAUCAGGUAAAACACUAAUGAAGGCACCUUAAUCUUUUAUUAGGUUGCACACAAUCAGUGAUGUGUGACAUUUACAGGAGGGAUCUCAGUAAGCAGUAGGAAAGGCCUGUCCAAGGUUGUAGCAGAGAAAUUAGACAACAGAUAGUUAAGUCCAGAGACUAUGGAAAUGUAGCAAACUAACUUUGUAUUUAAUACCUGACAUCUGUGCUGCCCAAUCUGUAUAAAAAUGUGUUCAACAAAGCUUUGCCUUUUUUUUUUUGGUAAAAACUUGAUCAUAUAGAGGUUCUGUGUUUGAAGGUUUCGUGCACUGUCCUCAGCCCAUAAUGCACGUGAAUGCUUAAUGGUAGAAGAACAUUUCAGUUGAAUGUUGAUUUCUCUUUCUUAAACCCUUGGCAUUCUUUUUUUGUAAAAUAAAUCAAUUAAUACAAGAA